GCCGUGUAUGAGGCUUAAUUGCCCAGUUUCUGGGCGUAACCACCAGAUGGCAACGGACAAUGAUUUGUUGUUGGAGAAAAUGAGUUUUGGGAUUUCCAGCAAGGGUUCCUGGUUUUGAACAUUUACCAUGGCAGUGCCACUACAUAACCGUUUCCAGGCUCUAGUUAGUUUAAAUGAUCAGGGUGAGUCUACUGGAGAAAUGAGGAAUGUUCCUUCUUUGCKAGAUAUAACCUGCACAAAGGGAUAUUUCAAGGCCCUACAAGCKAUUCAUCACUCAGAAAUAUUAGAUCAUUCUGCAGUUAAUCAUUCUUUUCCAGCAGGGAUGGUAAGACAGGUGAACAAAUUGGCGGCCUUUAUUAAACCCUCCUCGCCUAACCAACAGACCCUGGAAAAGGUAAAACUUAAUACCAGUAGGUGGAUGGAGAAUAAUAUYCAUAUUCUGAGGGAGCAUUAUGAUGGGGUAAUUGCCUUAUGCAUUCAGAAUAGCUCAACUUAUAAUCAAGAAGCUCUAGAUAAAGCGGUGAUGUGGGCAAAGGCAAGAUAUAAACACAAAUUUACAUCUUCUUCAGUAAGCACCUUAAAAAACAUGUUGCAAAAACCAAUUGACCCACCGGCCUCUACUAAACUGAUAACUUCUCAUCAGGCCCAUUCCAGUUAUGCGGCUGCGGUGACCAGCAAGUCACCAACUGGUAGGGUGUCAAUGGGAGCCCAGGCCCACAGGGACUUUGGAAUAUGCAGGAAUAUCCCAGGGGGCCAGAGUGACACUUCGGUAAGGGACAAUAUGGUUAAUAAACAGGCCUUCAGUAAUCCUGUAGAUAAACCGAUAAACCAUAGUCAGACUAUCAACAGCAAUACCACAGGGCUUGCUGGGGGUAUACAGAGAAGGGAGGUGCAGGUAGAAGUUCAUGUUGGGUCUACUUCUCCUUGUAGAGUGGUUCCUUCGACGAGCUCACCUACUAACCAACUAUCUCCCCUCUUGUCCUGUCUCACCCCUCGGGAAUUAGGUCCUGRAAAGAGUGGCGGGACUAGCRUCAGACUUACCCCAAUAACCAGGAAGAGCACGGGGAUACCGAAUCCCCAAACUCAGCGACCAAGAAACAAUUUGGCCGAGCCUAAAGUCCCAGCCUUGACCCUCUAA